AUGUCGAGGCCAUUCAUGUUCUCGGCUCUGCGAGGGGCGUUCCGCCCUCGUGCGGCCGGCACCGGCUUUGCUGGAGCCUCGUUCCGGUUCCAGCAACGACGAAACGCUGGUACGAUCACCUCGACCUCCCUCAAGUCGACUAUCUUCCGCCCAAUCACUCUGGUCCUUCUCAUCGCCCCCCUUCUCACUGGAUAUCUCGGAGUAUGGCAGGUUCAGCGUCUGAAGUGGAAGCUCGCCCUCAUCGACGAGGUUGAGCACAACCUCUCCAAGGACCCAUUGCCCCUGCCUGGAAAGGUCAACAUGAACGCCCUUCCCGACUUUGCCUUCCGACGUGUGCUGGUUCGCGGAAAGUUCACCGGCCCUCCCAUCCUCCAGGGCCCGCAGACCCGUGACGGAGUUGCUGGUUACCACCUGAUCCUCCCGUUUAACCGUAGUGAACACGGUGGCUCGACAAUUCUGGUCAACCGUGGCUUCAUCAAGACUGCUGAGGGUGACGAGAUCCGCCGCGGACAGCGUCCCGUUCCCGGCCUCGGACCCAACGGCGAGCCCGGACCUGAGGUUGUCGUCGAGGGCAUGAUCACCAAGAUUGACCCCGCGGCCAAGAGCUACUUCACUCCCGAGAACAAGCCUGAGCAGGGAGACUGGUUCUGGAAGGACAUCCCCACCAUGACGGAGUUUGCCGGUGGCGAGCAGAACGGUGUUCAGCCCGUCCUGAUUGAUGUCAUCGACAGUGAGCUCAACAGAAACAGACAGAGCUAA